AGGAUCGUCGUAUCGAUACUAAGCUGCGCCACUACAUUCGCUGUUCCCCUGAUUCUCACGGAAUGCGAGGACGAGUCGUAUUCGCAGCAGUGGACUUCGCGUUUCCAACCUUUUGCCAACAACCCACACCUUCUCAACUUCUGAUAAAAAAACUAUCCGUCCGCCGGUAUUGAGUCGGUUUGAAGACGGCAGCAAAGAUGACUUCACUCCUCGACAACGUCACAUCGAAUACGCAGUAUCGCCAAACCAUUAUCAUUGUCCUGGCCUCCAUCCUCGCUGUAGUCCUCCACUGGAUUGAUACACGGGUUCCCAACGAAAAGCGACGCGAAAAGCGACGCGAACACGUGUUCCCAAGCGUACCUCCCGGACGCGGCGGCUACAAGAAAGCCCAGGCGCGAUACUCCCGGCAUGCCGGAGAAAUGAUAGAAGAGGGGCUCCGGAAGGUCGGAGAAUCCACCGCCUUCUGGGUGCCAACGAUGAUCGGGCCGACCAUGGUUACGCCGCGGAAGUACCUGGCGGAAAUCAAAAACCAUCCCGAUCUCAGCCUGUCGGAGUACGUCAUGGAUAAAUUCGGGUGUCAGACGGGGUUCGGAUCGGUCGUGGCAUCACGAAACUUCCUCAUGGUUGUCAGAAGGAUUACACAGUCACUCGGCCAUGUCACUGGUGCUAUCUCCGAUGAAGCGGUAUUGGCGCUGGACGAGAAGAUUCCCUUGACGGACGAAUGGUCCUCGCACAAGCUGAAUCCAGCUAUCAGAGACGUUGUUGCGCGCGUUAGUCACCGUAUUCUGCUUGGCGAUUCUCUGUGCCGCAACGAGCGCUGGCUCGACAUCACCCUAAUAUUCAAUAAGGCCGCGAUAUCGGCCGGCAUGGAGUUGCGGAGGUUCGGACAUCUUCUCGCACCGAUUGUCAAGGGGUGGCUAUCCUCAUACACAUCUUUCCGGAAAGCAAGCGGCGAUGCCAAUAACCUGAUAACGGACAUCGUCAGAGAGCGACGACAACAGGCGAAGGAGCAGGGCGAUGCCUACGUUCCACCGAAUGAUGCAUUGCAGUGGGCGAUGGACCUAGGAGAGCCGGACUGCAAUCUGGCGAAUUUUCAGCUGUUUUUGGCUUUCGUGGCGAUUCAUAACACCAGCUCGGCAUUGAUCCAUCUGAUAUAUGAUCUGUGCAUGUACCCGGAGUAUAUCGAGAUGCUGCGAGAAGAGGUGCGGGAGGUAAUCGGCGACGGCGACUUCACCGCCAGGAGUCAAGUGAUGAAGUUGAAGAAGAUGGACAGCGUCCUGAAAGAGAGCCAGCGGCUGCAUCCAAUCCAGAACGCCACCAUGCAGCGCAAAGCGACCAAAGACAUCGAGUUAUCCGACGGCUUCAAGAUCUACGCCGGCGAGUACAUACAAACCUCCACCUCCGUCCUCCGCGACCCGAGGAUCUACAGUGAACCUGGCACCUUCGACGGCCUGCGAUUCUACAAGAUGCGACAGCAGAUUGGCCAACAGCACGCCCACCAAUUUGCCAGCACGAGCGAGAAGUUCUUCGGCUUCGGUCACGGGAAACACGCCUGCCCUGGACGAUUCAUCGCGGCAAUGGAGAUCAAGAUCACCCUCGCGCAUCUGCUGAUGCGGUACGACUUCGAGUUUCCGGAGGGCCAGACAGAAAGGCCGAAGAACAUCUUCUUUGAAGAAGCCAUUGUUCCAAAUAUGGAUCAGGAGGUGUUGUUCAGAAGGAGGCGGUGAGCAGCUGGAAGACCUACCUGUGUACUUGCGUGUUUGUUUUUUUGCUUUGGAUUUGCUGGGAGAAUGGCCGGGAUAAUUUUAUAUAGAGUACCGGAUGUCCGAUGACCGAUGAAUGGAACGGGGUGUGAUCUGACAGUUUGACUGCCGUGAAAGUAUGUCUCGAUAGUGUGUUCUCUCAGGGUGGCCGGAUAAGUGAUGAACUCACCAGAAUCACUGCUGUUGACCUGUGCGAGCUGCAUGGCUUUCUGUGAUAAAUACUUCAUGGGACGUUGUGUGGUUUGAUGGUUUUUCUUUCGUUUAAUCUUCAAUUGCAUGCGACCUAUGUACGUAAUACGCCCGCCUUUAUCUAUUCUUUUUGCCUGAGAGAGAGAUGUUCCUGUUUUAUUUCGCAUGCAGCC